CGAUAUACUGAUUAACAUCGGAUAUAAUUAUCAAAGCGCCCCCUGUCGGUCGCGCUUUCUUGUUCCAACACUGCGGACUUGCAACUUCUUCCAAAAGCAUCCGUCCCUACAAAGUGUAUCAGCCCGUUCUUGCCCCCCGUGUAGCCGCCAACAUUAUCAGCAUCAAGCAACCGGAAGACCAUGGACUCAGUCCUUCAGGACAUCGACGUCCUUCCGUACAAGCGCUUUUACUCUGCGGAAAAGAUACCCGACCUAACCGGUAAAGUCGCCGUGGUCACUGGUGGCUCUAGUGGUAUCGGAGCAGAGAUCUGCCGACAACUUGCAACCCAUGGCGCCAAAGUGUACAUCUUGAGUAGGGGCGAGGCCCAAGCGCAGGGGGUGAUCGCGGAGAUCAAGAAUACACAUCCCUCUGCCCAACUCGAAUACCACAAGCUCAACCUCGAGUCUAUUGCAGAAUCCAUAGAAUCUGCCAAACUCCUGAUGGAGAAAACUGAUCGCAUUGACAUCGUUCACCUCAAUGCAGGAUUGGUAAUGACUUCCCUGGAGAGUACCACGGACGGCAUCGAGCCCACAGUCGGUAUACAGCAUCUGGGCCAUUUCGCGUUCAUCAUGACCCUUCUUCCAUUCCUGGAGAAGCAGACAUUGGAUGACGUCCGAAUUGUUGUAACGGCGUCACGAAACCACUCACUCGUAGCGAAAGGGAUCGAUUUCACAAAGCUUGGCCCGUCCAAACAGAAGGAUCUCGACGAUGCUAUGGCCAAGUAUGCCCAAGCCAAGUUAUGCAACGUGCUCAUGUCGAAUUACCUUGCCAAGCUGUUGAAAAAUCGGGGAGUCACGAAUGUCACUAUCAACUCGCACGACCCCGGGGUGAUCGUGACCAACUUGAUGAACCCGAUCGCUCGUGAACUGGGAUGCUUCGCCGGCGUGUUCCUCGCAUUGUACAGAUUGAUCGGCAUCUCUCCCCAGCAAGGCGCUUUGACAGGGUUGUUCGUAUCCACGAGCCCCGACGCAAAGGGGAUUAGCGGUGAGUACUACAUACCUAUUGGUCAGCGUGCAAAGUGCGCCAAACUUGCUCAAGACGAGGCGCUUCAAAAGAAACUCUGGGAGUGGAGCGAGGCUCAGAUGGCUCGUACUUCGUCUUAG